CGCCAGCUACCUGCCAAAUUGGUACGGCUUACGGAAACAGGGAAGAUGCAGAAAGAAUGAGUGUCGCCGACAGCAUUGGCGGCCAGAUAUCUAACCGGGCUGGGAGGCCGACAAUUAGUUCUGUUCAGUAGAUUCGAUCGGAAAGGCUGAUAGGGAGUAGAAAAAGCCUAUUCAUGCAAAGCGUUAUUUCGGCAGCGCGGCGGUGGCCUGCUGCAUUAAGAAGGAGAAAGGGGCAGGCGGUGGCCUGCUGGCAAGCCUUACGUGGGGAAGGCCAAAUAGCGGCCGCGACGCCAACAGCAACCUAGAGUCACUGGUCACUUCGACGACGCUUGUUACAUUGGGAUGUGUUGCAGUCUCACUUCGGCUAGCUGAUCUGAAUUAGAAAUCAAGAUAUAAAUUUGUGCGUGUGUGCCAUUUCGCAGUUAAAAGGGAAAAUAUGCUAACUCGGAAUAGAUAACGCGAAGAACAUCUAAUUGUCUUUUCGUAUCGACAGCAAUACUGAUGCGACGAUAUGUGGUUCGAGAAAAGUGUCAAAAUUUAGUGCAUAGAGUCAAGAUCUACUGAUAGAGAAACACAGUUCGCUUAGAUAAAUCUCUUCGUUAAUUGGAACUGUUAAUAGAGGAUAGCUACGUUGUUGGCAUUGGAUACGUUUAAUGCAGUAAAUUACCGGAGUGGUAUAGCCGAAGAAAUAUGGGUGUGCCCUAUAAACUCUGCCUUCGACGCCUUGCUAGAACGAAAACUCGUGUCUGUGCCCUAUGGCGAAGAAACGUCUCUCUACUUCGAUAUGGCUACUCGGAACUGUAUCUCCGCCCAUGAUCAAGAUUUCAGGUUUAUUGCUAGUAUUUCUAGGAGUGUCCGAGCUCCGCUCCCUGGAACACUCGACGAGAGUGCAUAUAAUCGCCGCGUAUAUUUUGCUCGCGGCAGCCGGUUUGAUCGUAUUCGUUAGUCUGCUCGGCUACGUGUCAAUAUGUCGACUACACCGAGACAUGCUCGCAUGGUACGGCGGUUUCCUGGUGAUGAUUCUAUUGCUCGAAACCGCGUGUGGUAUUCUCUGUUUUUUCUCCUACGGUUACGUGAGAGCGGAGCUUCAGGCCCAAUUUCACUCACUUUUCCUUGAAAAGUAUGAAAAGGACGACUUGGCCACGAGAACUGUCGACCGGAUACAGCGCGAUUUAAAAUGUUGUGGUAUGGUUGGUUUCGAAGACUGGGAAAAUUCGGAAUGGCGGCGAGAGAAAUCAAUUUCCUACAUUAAUUUGGUCCCACCUUCCUGCUGUAAGACGUGGACUGCUUUAUGCGGAAGAUGGGAUAUUCCGAAUAAUAUACAUUAUGACGGCUGCAUCGACGUUAUCGCACGUAGGAUCGAACGAAAUCUAUCCUUUAUCGCCGGUGUUGGCACAGGCAUCUAUGUUAUACAAAUGCUUGGGGUUGUAAUGGUCUAUAUGCUUCAUUCCAAGCUAAAAAACUUCGAGGUAGCAAAUCAUUCGGUUUACAACCCCACCCGGCAUAACCAGCACCUCUACGACCACGGUUAAACUACGGCAAUAAACAGACAGCGCAGUUGAAGAACGGCUUUUUAGUUCUCAAAACUACAUAGUACUUAGACUAGUAUCUGAAGCAAAAAAAAGAGAGAGAAAGGGAGAGAUAUGAGACGAUAUUUGUACUGAUGAACAAGAAACAAAGCUGAUUCGAAGAAAACUUUACUAGGAACCCCAAAUAUUUACCUACUUAACAUAUGUAAACAUGGCAAAUGAAGCCUACCAAUUACUACGGUCAAGCACAUCGCAUUUUUUGACCUUGUUCAACAUUUAAGAAAUACCUUUUGUUAACAGAUUGCACAGCGAUUUCAGCUGAUUGUGUACAUACGCUGCAUCACAAAAACACUGCCAUCGUCCCCUUUUUUUUUUGUUUUCGUUUCAACUAUGGGUGUUGACAUAAGCGCGUGUCAAUGCCGGCCAAAACACGCAAUUUGCCCAUCGUAUUACUAUCACAUAAAUCAUUCUACCGCAAUAUGAUCUACUUCCGUAAAAAAGCUAACCUGUUGCCGACAAGUGAUAAAAAAAAAAUUAAAAAAACAGAAAAUACAGCAAAGCAAUUACUGUAAAAAUCUAACGUGCACGCAAUAGACGCGAUCGGCUGAGGCCCAUAGGUUACUCUUUUGCAUGAAAUGCUGAGAGUACUCCAUGCUUCUGCGCCUCGUUCCGCCGUAACCCCAGCGUCCUCAACCAUGGAACAAGUUCCUAUGGAUACCUUGUUAGAUUUAAUAUCUAGCAUGGCUCAUCCGAUUACGUACGUAAGUCAUGUUAUUCAUAACAUAUUGUUUGAAAUGAUCACGCCGAUAAACAGUUUGAAUUCAGUACCAUUGCCAUUACAGUGUAUAAUUGUUGUAUGACCAUGUCUAAAAGCCUUCUCAUAAAUGUAUCGCAGAAGCACAAUGUCGUGCUCAUAUUACUGUCGACGUAUUUGAACAAUCUGGAAAUUCCAGCUGUAAUUACAGGGUCUAGUAAAUGAAUGGCCAUUACGUACUUUUACCAAUUCAGCAAUUCGGAAAGUGUAGAACGAAAUUACGCCUGGGAUAGGGAUUUUUGAAAUUGCUCUCUUACGGGCUCCUAGGAUCCUAUGGGUCAAAAAAACCCAACAAUGCUAACAGCAUGCAUAGGGUACGCUAUUAUUCAUACUCAAAUCAACUGAAUAGUGGUGCUGUUGAGCGUAAACAAGCUCUUUAACAAAGCUCUCCUAUUGUUUCAUAUGAUUUUCAAAUUUCUCACGAUUUACGCCGUCUAUUAUCACCGUGCAUUUCUUCGCACAAGUGUAUCGUCAGAUACGUUGAAUUUAUGACUUUUUUUUAUUACGAUUCUAAGAUUACAAAACGACUGCGUGAGCGAACGUCUACACGAUGUAUUCACGGAUAGAGCAGAUCUGAUUAGGAGAUAUCUUUGCUGAAGAUACUGCGAAGGCGCGAAUAUAUGUUUGGGCUACUGUGUUUUUUUACCGAAUACUGUUGAGAGGGAUUGGUACACCUGGAACACCUCGAAGAAAAACACUUGGAAUGGCUACAAUUGUAACCUGGCUAAGUUAAAUCUAAUAGUUUUUCUCAACUAUUAUACAGUUGCCAAAUGCUGAGUGUUUGAAUUUCAUCGUCGAGUGUUUGCCGAGUAUCGCAUAAAGUCCGUUUUUCUCGCCCUCUUCCGACACAGACACACAUAACGAUAUAGUCGUCGUGUGUCAAAUAAUAUUUUGACUAUGUCGAUACUGUAAUAUAUUCAAUUGAUAUAUAUGCUCUAUUCUCAUUUUAUUGACACAUAGCCACACGCACGAAUUGUGUAUAUAUGUGCAAAGAUCUAUAUGAAGCGUUAUUUUAUUUAUCGAAUAACAGGUGGCCAUUUUAUAUGCACGAGGAGCCCAUUCUUUUUGUAGCAAUUAUGGGUAUUUGAUUCACUUUAUUGCUAUGAUGACCUGCGCUAGUCAGCCAGUCUGUGAACAUUGUUUUAUGUGAUAGGUUUUUCAGCUGUUAUCGUUCAGCGGUACCAUCAGCAGCAAACAUGCCCAUGAACACACAGUCGUUGAAUCGACACUUGCACACAUUUAUAUAGAAUGACAGGCGUGCUACCCAUAAACCGACGCUAUGAAUGCCUGUGUUUAUCUCGUAGACCUUGCUUCACUGUCUCAAUUUCGAUACGUCAAUUUGCGACUGGUCAAAUUCACACCUAAAAAAUUCAUCCAGAAACAACAUAUUUAGAAACGGCGCGCUAAAAUCAUUCUGUAGCGCCAAAUUUAAUUAUUCAGCAUUUGGAGCAUACAUUCAAAAUGGAUGCAUUCUACUUGUGAUCAUCAUCAACUGACUGCCAAUAGUACAUAUAUAUUACUACUUUAUAUCUUAGUCAAUCGAUGGAUACGAUGAUUCUAGCUAACGAGUGUUCUACGUUUCGAGUGUCACGGUGUCGCUGUUAGAUUUUCGAUCAGACGGACGACUGGCUUCCAACACGAAAUGAAAUCUGUGCAUGCCCGGGUUCAGACCUAAAGCACGACGUGUAAAUUGAAGAAGCCAAUGUAUGAUAAGCAUAUCAGCACCGUAUAUAUCCUACAAACCGUACACUUAAGCACCAACGGCUCGCUAUUGGGGAUGAUCGCGGCGCGUCCCGUUUGCAAAACUUUGUGGCUGACAGUUUGUACAUAAAUCAUCAAAGUUUAACUGUGUUAACAAAUAAAACGUGUGCCUGUUGAAAAGUA